GAUGCCGCUGGCCAGCGCGGCAGCCCCAGCCGCCAGCUGGGCGGCCUGCGGCGGGUCCCGAUGCCGCUGACGCCCGAGGGCUCGCCUGGGGGGAGGACCCCGGCCGUCGAGCGCAGGCAGAGGGUCUCGGUGGAGGGGCUCGGCGUCGGCAACGGCGCGGCCCGCCGCGCCGGCCUGGCGCAGUCGCGCCGCCUGCCGGGCACCGUCGUGUGGACCGUGGCCCUCAGCAUCCCGGUGGGCGUCGGCGUGAUCAAUUGCAUCAUCGCCUGGGCGAACCAGUUCCUCCUGACCAAGAAAUUCACGGUCACGCAGAGGAUCGUGAACGAGAACGGCGUCUUGGCAGGUGCCCUGGCCUACGUGUCGAUGUGCGCCACCUUCGCCGCCGCCUCCGCCUGCCUCGUGGCCUUCCUGUCGCCGAUCUGCGCCGGCUCUGGCCUGCCAGAGGGCAAGGGCUUCCUCAACGGCAACCGCAUCGCCGGCAUCUUCAGGUUGCGGGCCCUGAUGGUGCGGGUUGUGGGCAUCGUCCUGGCCCUGGCCGCCGGCUUCCCGAUCGGCCGCGAGGGGCCCAUGGUCGCCAUCGGCGGCACGAUAGGCUAUGGCAUCACCCACUUCCUCGCGCUCCCCUGGGCGCGGCACUGCAUCGAGGUGGACGCGUCCGCGGCCGACCGGGCCCCCGCCCUCAUAGUGGACGAGGAGAGGUUUGCGCAGGCCAAGCGCAUGGGCUUCAUCCUCGGGGGCGCGGCCGGCAUCUCGGCCGCCUUCGACGCCCCCAUCGGAGGCAGCCCCCCUCGGCUGCGGCGGCGCUGCCCGCCCGCGGUGCGCGCCGGGGGCCUCUCUUUCGCGCGCGGCCUGCGCGCGGGGUGGCUGCAGCUCGGCGCGGAGGUCGCGUCGAGCUGUCUACGCUCCGACUCCGACUUUCAGUGG